GUGCUACGUCCUUUCCGCGCCCACGAUGUUAGAGUCGCUCCGGCGCGUGGCCACCGCCGCAUCUCUGCUGGGGCACUGGGUUAUCCUGCAUGGCGUUGACGAACUGGAGCGGAACGCCAUGGAAGUUUGCCAGAAACUCCUGUCAAGGCUGUUUCAGAGGCUUGCGAGCUCCUUGGAAUUCUUCCGAGAUCGGCUGGAGUCACCUCCUCCACUCUCGGCAACCAGCGGCUUCUUGUUCAACUCCAGCGCGUCGCAGGCGAGCCGUCCCGUCUCGAAGUCCAGCAACCGGAGUGUCACACCAGUGCAGGGAGCCAAGAGGAUGGGGGCUUUGAGGGUAUAA